GCGAGCUGCAGGGCAGGGUGGCGGCGCUGGAGGAGCGGGGCAGCCCCGGCUGGGCACCGGGAGCCCCCCUGAGCCCCGGACCGCUGCUCGCCCUGCUGCAGCCCCACAUGGAGCAGCUCUUCCAGGAGAAACUGGGCGAAGGAUUAGCCAAGCUGCGGACAGUGCGAGAGGCUCCAUCUGAAUGUGUCUGCCCACCAGGCCCUCCAGGAAGGCGGGGAAAGCCGGGUCGACGAGGAGAACCUGGACCUGCAGGGCCCCUUGGUUUGGAUGGCAAGCCAGGACCUCCCGGACCAAAAGGGGAAAAGGGUGAACAAGGGGACGUCGGCCCAAGGAUGGUUUUCCCUCGCCUCAAUCAUGGAUUUCUCUCUAAUGACCAGCAUGUCUUUAGCCGACGAAUCCUUAAGGGUGAUCAAGGUCAAGAUGGAGCUGCUGGCCCACCGGGUCCCCCAGGACCACCGGGUGCAAGGGGUCCCCCUGGAGAUACAGGAAAAGAUGGCCCCAGGGGACCACAAGGCCUCCCUGGCUUUAAAGGAGAGCCGGGGGAAGCUGGAGUGAUGGGUGUAAGGGGACCUUCAGGACUAAAGGGUGAGCCUGGUUUUCCAGGGAGAAAGGGUGAUGAUGGGACCCCAGGACAGCCAGGGCUUCAAGGGCCUAAGGGAGAGCAAGGAAGCACAGGUCCCAAAGGAGAGAAAGGAUUAGAUGGAUUGCCAGGAUCAAAGGGUGAUCCUGGUGAGAGAGGAGGAGAUGGACCCAUUGGACCAAGGGGUCCACCUGGCCUGAAGGGCGAACAGGGAGAUACUGUAAUAAUUGACUAUGAUGGCAGAAUCCUGGAUGCACUCAAGGGCCCACCAGGUCCCCAAGGGCCACCAGGCCCUCAAGGAGCUCCAGGACCAAAGGGGGAGCUUGGAUUGCCUGGUACACCUGGAGUUGAUGGAGAAAAGGGAUCUAAAGGAGACCCAGGAAAUCCUGGGAUAAUGGGACAAAAAGGAGAGAUCGGAGAGAUGGGCUUGUCUGGCCUACCGGGAAUCGAUGGGCCAAAAGGAGAGAAAGGAGAAACCGGAUCCCCGUGUUUGCAGAACAAUCAUAUAAUACCAGAACCAGGACCCCCUGGAUUGCCAGGCCCUAUGGGUCCUCAAGGAAUCCCAGGUCCCAAGGGCUUGGACGGUGUAAAGGGAGAAAAAGGUGACCAUGGUGAGAAAGGGGCAACUGGUGACACUGGGCCACCUGGUCCUGCUGGUCCCCCGGGACUUAUUGGCUUACCAGGCACCAAAGGGGAGAAGGGCAAGCCAGGGGAACCAGGAUUAGAUGGUUUCCCAGGUCUCCGAGGUGAGAAAGGAGAUAAAAGUGAAAGGGGAGAGAAGGGAGAAAGAGGAAUACCUGGCAGAAAAGGCGCCAAGGGGCAAAAAGGAGAACCAGGACCGCCUGGGUUGGAUCAGCCUUGUCCAGUGGGACCAGAUGGACUGCCAGUACCGGGAUGUUGGCACAAGUGAUCUCUAACCAUGAAGCAUAAAG